GACGAACUCUUCCUGCCCUAAACCCCCAACACGUACCUCGAUCUCAGCUUCCUCUGCUGCCCUGUUUCUGAGAACCAGAAAGCUCCUCCCCGCGAAUAAUAAUGGGAAACCAGUAGACUUUAUAUCUGAUCGCCAGCGAAUUCUCUGACCAUGCGGUUCCACGGAGCUCAACGGGCCGUUUGUUUGGCCCGCCGGUCACUUCGUUCGAUCCUCUCCGGCGAGUCUUUCGACGCCGCCGCUUCCAUAUGGGCCUCAGCACGGUGGCAAGUUGCGGGGAUAUGUACCACGUCAAGGAUUCUCGCUGAUAUGAAUCAGAAAACUGGUAAGUCGGCCAUUGGCAAUUGGGGAGCUAGUCUUUUUAAUAAUUGCUCCCAAAUGAGGCAUUUUCAUGGGACUAAAUCAAUGUCCGCUAGAGAUUAUUAUGACGUUCUUGGAGUGAGUAAGGGUGCAAGUUCUUCAGAUAUUAAGAAGGCGUACUAUGGGCUUGCAAAGAAGCUUCAUCCCGAUACAAAUAAAGAGGAUCCUGACGCUGAGAAGAAAUUUCAAGAGGUUCAACGAGCUUAUGAGGUCCUAAAAGAUGAUGAAAAGCGAUCACUUUAUGAUCAGGUUGGUCCUGAUGCAUUUGAGCAAGCUGCCUCUGGAGGAGGUCCUGGUGGGCCGUUUGGAGGUGCUGGAUUUGGGAGCCCAUUUGAUGACUUCUUUUCCGGCGGUGGAAUGAAUGAUAUUCUUUCGGCAGGGAUGAGCAGCGGAGAAGUAGGAGCGGCUUCCUUUGGAUUCCUUCGGCAGGGAUUAGCAUCAGCUUCCUUCGGCAGAGAGCAGUGGCUUCCUUCGACAGAGAUGAGCAGCGGAGAGGUAGGAGCGUCUUCCUUCAGCGGUGGCUUCCUUUGGAUUCCUUCGACAGGGAUUAGCAUCGGCUUCCUUCGGCAGAGAGCAGCAGCUUCUUUCGGCAGGGAUGAGCAGCAGCUUCUUUCGGCAGGGAUGAGCAGCAGAGAGGUUGGAGUGGCUUCUUUCGGAUUCCUUCGGCAGGGAUUAGCAUCGACUUCCUUCGGUAGAGAGCAACGGCUUCCUUUGGCAGAGCCCUAG